AUGAAGCGGCACCCUGGCUGUCAUGGCGCCACUGCCGCCACGCGGGUCCCGGCAGCCGUGGGCAUGGUGGCAUUCCUGCUGCUGGCGCUCCUGCCUGGCACCUCCGGCGCAUACCUCACACUAGCACAAGAGGCGGCCGUCAUGAUCAAGCUGCGGCACGACCUGCACUCGGCACAACCCGCCCUGGCACAGAAGCUGGUGGACUGGCGGCCCAACAGCACAGCAGUGCCGUGCGGGUGGGAGAUGGUGGUGUGCGACACGCAGUUGCGCAUCACCAACCUAGAUCUCCGCUGGUUCAGCCCCGAAGACAAGGCGGCAAGGCGCUUUUCGCCCACAGGAAUGCGCCCUGUUGUCGCCGACAGCGGCAAUGCCAGCGCAGCGGGCAGCGCACCAGCGCUACGGCUCCCGCCAGAGCUGGCUCGGAUGCGGCACCUGGAGAAGUUCAGCUUUGGCAUGACGGUCCGACUGGCGCUGCCCUCAGAGUGGGGCCAGCCUGGCUCCUUCCCCAGCCUGCUCUGGCUGAGCGUGCACGGCGGCAGUUUGGAGGGCGCCCUGCCCGACAUCCGCCCGGGCGCGAUGCUCCUGCUGCGUACCAUCCGCCUGCAGUUCACCAGCACAACAGUCAUGCUGCCUCCCAGCUGGGGCAGCCGCGUCGAUGUGCUGCCCGCCCUGAAUGAGCUAGAGCGCUUCACCCUGCCGCCUGAGUGGGGCGCCGGCUUCCCCAAGCUAGAGCUUCUGUUGCUGGACGAGCUGGGCCUCACGGGGCGCUUCCCGGGGACAUGGCAGCACGGAUUCCCGGCCCUCCAAAGCAUGUGA